AUGCAGCUCUUCCGCUCGACACCCUCUCGGGCCUACGCGAGGGUUGGUGCAAGGGGGAGCAGCCGGGAGAUGCCAACUUACUGCAUGCUGCUGCUGAUAGAGUACAGUAGGCAUCGCGAUUCACCAACUUCCGCGCCCGACAAUGGCACCGUCGCGAUCGCCAUCCCGCAGCCGUCACCGGUCGGCAUCGCGCUCGCCUCCGCGAUCCGUCCAGGUCCAUAUCAAGAGCACCCUCACAGUCACGAUCACGGUCGCGGUCACGCUCAUACACUCCGCCUCGCCGGAAUGGCCGUCACAGGAGCAGCAGUCGGGACAGGAGCCGAGACCGCGGCAGAGACAGUCGCUCGCCCAGCGACAGCCCUCCCCGAUACACCAAGGUUUAUUGUGGUGGAGAGGCUCUCCAAGAAUGUCAAUGAAGACCAUCUCUUUGAGAUAUUCGGCCAGUUUGGCCCCAUCUACGACCUCGACCUCCCCAUGAACAGAACCUUCGGAACCAACCGUGGCACCGCAUAUAUCCUCUACGACCACCACGCCGACGCCGAAGCCGCCAUCGCACACAUGCACGAGGCGCAAAUCGACGGCUCCACCAUCAACGUUUCCGUCUCGACCCAGCGCAGCAAGCUGUCUCCCGAACCCCCCAUGUCCCGCCGAAACGCGAACCGAAUCGCAGAGCUGGAUUCCCGACCUCCCUUUCACGGCACCCGGGGACGUGGUCCGCCUUCUGGCCCGCGGGGAGCAAGGGGGUACGGUCCUCGAUCCGACGUCUACCGGCCGAAUCCCCUGUCGCCAGGUCGAUCGCGGUCUCCUCGGGGUGCUCCUCCUUCUCGCGGUGGCGCAGGUCGGCGAUAUCGCAGCCGGUCUCACGGUUCGUACUCGUCUCGAUCGAGGUCGAGGUCGAGAUCGCCACUGCCCAGGAGGCGGGGAGGAGGGAACGGAUCUCAGUGGCAGUCGGAGUCGGAGCCGCAGCCGGAGCCGGAGCCGCAGCUACGACAGCGAACGGAGCGGUUCGCGGAGUCGAGGACGGAACUAUAG